AUGGAAAAUCUGACCAACACCCCAAGAUGGUUGGUGUUUUCGCUGAUAUCGUCUGCACUGUGCAUUGCGGGUGCGCUCUGUGUGCCCCUGAUGUCGUUCCUCUUCAACGGCAAGCAUCAUGGGUUCACGGGCAACACUAAGCUGGUUAACUACGGGCUUUCGCUGAGUGCAGGGUCCAUGCUGACCACGUCGCUGUACAUGAUGCUCCCCAAAGUUGAUGAGACAAACAGGUACGCCGUGUUCGGUGGGGUGCUCUCUGGUGUUGGUGUGAGUCUCAUGCUCAACUACGUGGUGCACGCCUACGCCAGCGAAUCGCUUGUUCACUGCGCCCAUGGGGAAGAGGACGAACCAGAACACACUCACCGCUCACGGAAUAACAGCCACCGUCACACACACGGCAGUAUAGAGAGUGCCGCAUCGCACAGCAACAAUCGACAGGCGGUCACAUCUGUGGGCGACUACAACUUCAAUGACCAGCAUGCACACGACAAUAGCGACUCCGCAUCUGAGGUGGACCCAUUGCUGCCCACUACGAACCAAUACCCGCAACAGACAAGCAAGAGGAAGAAGUCGCUGAUAGACUUGUUGACCUUCCGGCGCAGCAACUCCAUCGGAGAAUGCUGCGACAUCGGGGAAUGCACCCCAACAUUGAACCCGGAGGAUCUGCAUUGUGCGCACCGCCCAAGCGCGUUGUCCGCACAGGACAUAUUUAUGAAACCGGCACAUUCCGUUCCGGAUCUGAAUGAUGAUGACGACGACACAGAACGGACGGAUAACAACAUGGGCACCAAGACACGCGAUAAGGCGGUCAGUGUCGCUUGCGUUGAGAACAUUGUCGGCUACGACCUGGAAAACCUCUCAGUGUACCGCCAGAAUUUCUACUCGGGGAAGAGCAAGCACGAUUUGGAACUUGACAACGCCUCAGAGUCAAGAUCCACUUCGGAUAUCCAUUCCCUAGGAGUGGAGCCACUCGACCAACAAAAUGCGGUGACCAUUCUGGGGAGCGAAGCUACAACUGAACCACUACACAAUUCACUAUCAGGGACAGAAAAUGAUAUCAACCGUGCGGUGUCCCACCGUACUUCGCAGAACCAUAUCCACCACCACUCACAGCAGCAUUCGAUGGGGCGCCACCACCACCAUUUUGAGACACCUUUCUCGAAAUUACUGUCAAUCGGUAUGCAGACGUGCCUCGUCUUGACGCUUCACAAAUUCCCAGAGGGGUUCAUCAUUUUCUACACGAACAAGAGCAAAACCCCAGACUCACUCGGAUUCUCCAUAUUCCUGAGUCUGGCAAUCCACAAUUUUGUAGAAGGUUUCGCCAUGACUUUACCCCUGUACGCAGUGUUUCAACACAAGUGGCUCUCCAUAUUGGUGACGGUCAUAUUAGGCGGUGGAUCACAACCUACGGGUGCUCUGGUAGGUUACUUGAUCUUUAGGAGACGUCCACACCAUGACGAAUCGACCGUACAAAUGGAUUUCUUGUUGAGUUUGACGGCUGGGUUCCUUUUGGUGAUCGGACUGCAGAUGUUUCAGACUGGUAUUGGGUUCAGUGACGGUCACCACCACCACGAGGGAGAAGAAACGGAAGAGAUCAAACAAAACCAUAGCUCCGGUACCACAUGCCUAAAAUUCUGCUGCGCAGGUGUCUUGUUGAUCCUAGCUAGCCAAAUAUUUAACGCCAAAUAA